AUGGCGCUCGUAUGCCUUACUGGAUAUCCAUGCUCCGGUAAAACCACCCGGGCCAAAGAAAUAGAAGGCCUGCUUUUCAAUUCAGAGCAAAUAAAGGCGAAUAACAUGUCCGUUCGUUUAUUGUCCGAAUCAGAUUUUGGAUACAACCCAGAGUCUACUCCAUUAGACUUUAGAUCGGAAAAAUCUGUUCGGGAAUCUCUUUUGUCUGCUAUUGAACAAAGGCUUACAAAAAACACGAUUGUAAUCGUUGAUUCUAGUAAUGAACUGAAAAGCAUGCGAUACCAAAUGUCUUGUUCCGCAAAAACAAUGGGCGUUCCCCAUUUAGUGAUCCAAAUAUCAACAUCUGAGGCCAAUUGUAGCGUUUGGAAUGUCAAAAGACGAUCCGAAUCGCUCCCAUCUUAUGCUGAUUCCAUCUUUAAAGAAUUAAUUAAUCGCUACGAAUUUCCAAACCCCGCCGUGCGAUGGGAUUCUCCCCUUUGGAUUGUGAAUCCCCAAGAUGCAUUUCCUAUUUCUGAGAUUCUUGCUGCUAUAUUGGAUGCAAGGAAAAAUACUAGCAAAAAGCCGCAUGCACCCACUCAGCCGAAAUUGCGUCAAUCUGGAUCGUACCUGCAAUCAGUUGAUAUAAUUAUCAACACUUCGGUCCAAGAAUUAGAAGAGGCGUUUAAUAGAAACGAAAAAGAACGCAUCCUGCCAUCUGUCCUGCAACGAAAGAAAAAAGAAUUUCUGCACCAAAUUAAGUUAAAUCCCAUCCCAUUGGAUUCAAAUGGAAAUGGUUCUGAUUCCAAGGUAAAAUCGGCCUUUCUCGAUUACGUUUAUUUAUGA